AUGAAAAAUGGUGAGAAAAUCCUGGAAAUCUCCAGGAAGGAACUCUGGAACGAUGGAGUGCUUGACGAGGAUUUCGACAUCGAGAUUAUCAACCAAAUGGGUUGCGGUGAAGCUUUCGAAGGUGUAGCCGUCGGUGCCGACAUGUACCAUGUCCAAAAAGUCCGCGCAUUUAUUGGACCAUACUGUAAUGCAGAACUUGAUGCUGUCGCGAAAAUGGCAACAUUCUGGAACGUACCCAUUGUUGGCUACAUGGCUUCCUCCAAUGCUUUCGCAGACAAGUCUAUCUACAAGACUUUGGCAAGAGUUUCACUCAGAACCACGAACUCUCUAGCAGAAGCGGUUGCUGCUCUUCUGUUACAUUACAGCUGGACUAAGGUUGGACUGGUAACUAACACUGGUGCGCUGGCCUUCGAAAGGAUGCAAGCUUUCGAAGAAGUCUUCCAUAUGCGAAAGAUCACAGUUCUGAAAAAGAUUAUGUUCGAUGAAAAUGCCGAUGCGAAAGCAAUGUCACAGAGCGGUCUCCUUCAAGAAAUGGCUAACAAUGCUAGA